GAAUUUUCGUCAGUAGCAUCCCGACGCCGGACCCGUGUUCGAGCAUCCCCUGGUCCUCGUACCAACCCCACUCCGUAUUCUAACCUGUUGCCUUGGUAAUCAGAUAAAACACGGCUCCCUGUAAAAUGUUCGCGAAAUAAUGGCAUUUCCGCGUAAGUGCGACUGCCAGUCGUGCGUGUACGCGUCAAAUGUGAAUGGGCGUUAUGGUAAAUAGAUCGAAUUUUGGAAAUUUUUCGUAAAGCAUCUUUUUUUGGAAAACUUUUUUUUUUUGUGUAUCCGAAUAAACACUAAAUUUUUUCGGUGACUCGUUGUUUCAUCAAACGUGACGAUUGAAUAGUUCUCGGGACCGAGGGAUAAAAAUUAUUUGUUCAAAAUUUUAUUUCUCGAAAAUAAUUUUUUUGGACUUUUCUAAAUAUUCGAAUUUAUGUUUUACACUGUAACACUUUUUUUUUAUGAAUCUAUUAAAUAUUCUAUCGAAAAGUAUUUAUUCGAGUGUUCGAACGCGAUUAAGGAUUUUUGUACAUUUUUAUCAAUCAAUCGUGUCUUCGAGACGGAUAAUAUAUUUUUGCUUUUUCGAUGGAUUCGGGAUUGGUUUAUCCGCGGAGAUUAUUUAACUCGCCGACGGUCAACGUCUCGCACAGAUCUUUUCCCUUGAGAACCGUACACGUGUCACACGCCGCAGCCCAACAGUCAAAUAUUAAAUGACGAUUCUCUUCCGACGCUGAAUUAAUCUUCGAGCGUAAUGAAUAUUGUCGCAAGCGUCUACCUCGAAGUUCGGAAGAGCCUCAAUCCACGCUGAGGCCGUACGGGCUGUAUUGACAUUCGACGAAUCUCCAAACAAGAAAAGUUCUCCACCAUUGAUUUAAAUUUCACAACGUAAUUAAAGUGGUGUCACGAGAAUCAAGCAAGAAGCUAGUAAACUCAAAACUUAUGAAAUAACGUACAACCAACGACACGAUCUUACGAUCUUUGAUUUUAUACCCGCCGUUACGAUAACCUAUAAAAUGUCAUGUUACACCAUACGGACUACGACACGCAAUUCAACCAACUGAACACGUCUCUGCUCUAUCUGAAGCAACUACUCCGUGGCGUAAAGACGAUGAAUCAUCACGAGAACAUUAGCGACAUCUUUCGGAAGUUAAACAUCACCGAAGAGGAUAUCGACUAUGUAAACAACUUCAGCUUCGCCGUUCUUCCGACUGUGCACUCAGUGCCGGUGCCCUGCUACUGCAACGGCGUAGUGCGAGAUUUGGCGCUCUCUUACAAAGUUUAUCACGGAUACGUUGCUCUGAUGGUCUGCAUUUUCGGCACCGUUGCUAAUAUGCUUAACAUCGUUGUUCUAACUAGAAAGGACAUGGCGACUGCGCCCAUUAACAGGAUAUUGACGGGUCUCGCUAUGGCUGACAUGCUGGUUAUGGUCGAAUACGUUCCGUUUGCUGCUUAUCGUUACAUUGCCUCACAAGAUCAUAAAAUAUUUCCAUUUAGAUGGGCAGUCUUUAUACUUUUUCAUAUGCACUUCACUCAGGUUCUUCACACUAUCAGUAUAGGACUUACCUUGACUCUGGCAGUAUGGAGAUACAUCGCGAUCAGAUUUCCACAACACAAUCACUCGUGGUGUUCAGCAUCGAGAUGCAGAAUAGCCCUUUGGUGCAGCUUCCUUGCACCCUUCAUCGCCUGUGCUCCAAGUUAUCUCGUUUUUGGGAUAAAUCAGAGAAAAGUCUACGAAAAUGGUACCGAGGAGAUUCUCUAUCACGUCGACGCGAAUCCUUCUGACAGCAAGGGUGUCCUUUAUCAACUUAAUUUUUGGGUCCUUGGAGUAGUCGUAAAGCUAUUACCUUGUCUGAUCCUUACCGUCAUCAGUUGUUGGCUGAUAAAGGCUCUUUACAGGGCGAAGAGCAGGAAGCAGGCCCUCAGGGGUUACAACCCCUGCACGAUGGCGAACAACGGCGAAUGCUCCCGCAGAGCCAGCAAAUCCGAAAGACGAGCCGACAGGACGACCAGGAUGCUCGUGGCUGUUCUACUUCUCUUCCUGGUCACCGAAUUUCCGCAGGGUAUCCUCGGCCUGUUAUCCGGGGUACUGGGAGAUUGCUUCUUCAGGAAUUGCUACCAUAACUUCGGCGAGAUUAUGGAUAUCCUUGCCCUACUCAACGGUGCCAUCAACUUUAUACUCUACUGCUCGAUGUCCAGACAAUUUCGUACAACCUUUGGCCAGCUCUUCAAACCUAGAAUUAUCAAGAAGUGGCAUCCACCGACUCAACAGACCGACGUGCAGAGCACUUACGUAUGAUGCAAGUGACGGGGCCUAAAAACUGCUGCGUGCUUUUAAAACGCAUCUUAACGUUUCGAAUUGCUUACUCAUACCCUUCCGGUUCUAACUUCUCUCCGUGGAGCCCACUUUUUCUUCCUUAUGAACUUCUAAGGUAGUUCGUUCGAACUUUUUCUCAAGGACUGUACCAGUACCUUUACCACCCUAACGAUCAAAUGAAGACGCGAGACGAAUACGUUGCUUUUAUUUCGUAUUUCCUUAGGAAAUAAGUUCGUGCGUAAACAAACAUCUUAUUCGAUGUUCAUACAAACUGUCGAUAGAUGGCGACAUGUUAUUGGUUACUAGUGUUACUAGUUGUGGCAAUUGAUAAGGGUUGAUGUAUUUUUAAAAUUAUUUUAUUUAUUCUCAGGCCUCUCUCUUUAUUUAACUCUUUAACCACUCAGCGAGCUCAUCUUGUUAACCCUCUAUUUUGCGUCUGAUGAGAGGAUCAUUGUUCUUCACAGAUACUUAGGAUUUUGAAGUGUGUACAGUUGGCAAACAAGAGAGGACCUUAGGAUAAUUGGAAAUUUCAGAACUUACGAAAGCAGGAGGAGAAUCUAUGUGAAAGCUGUUUGAAUAAAUCCUCUCUUAUUAUGCGCGGUACAUCUCCCUCCCAAGACACUCUGCUGGGGUGAUAAUUAUUUCAUGAGGGAAGUCAAAUCUUUGUUUAAGAAAUAGCAAUGCCAUCUCACGGGGAAAACUUUGGCAAACUCAAAGCAACGCUUAUCAAUUGUCUAUUAUUAAAAAGUAUCACCUCUUAGAGCAACUCGUCAGCUGAAUAUUCAGUUUUGAAAUUUCUAAUAUACACAACAAUGUAAAUAUCUACGUUGCCUGAAAUUUGAUAAACUCAAUUUACAAUGUCUCACGAUACACCGAACAUUUGUGGUAUGGGUACUGGAAGUUUCAAAAGUAUCUGAGAUAUUUUUGUAAAAAACAUUGUUCACUUUGAUCAUCAAACAGGAUUCAGUUCACUGAAAACAAAUUGGAGUCUGGCGAUCCUGUGAACAUCCUGACAAAUAAGGUGCAGCAUUGUUGCAUAUUUCUAGAGGGGAAUAAUGGUCAUUGUCGUUUGAGAAAGGAGGAGCUGAGAAAACUGAUAAGAAAUCGAUAAUACGUAUAUCUAUAAACGUAUAAGGGGUGUCCGAGAAAUUUUCAUAUACAACAGACUUUUAAGACAUCUCGUUGACGUUAGAUAUAUUUUUUAGCUUUUCUACGCUGACAAAGAAAAAUUUAGACACUCUGAGAUACAGCAAAAGAUCACUGAUCUCCAGAUCAUAAUUUCAGUACUGUAAGAUACCGUUUUUCAGUCUUAAGUGUGACGAGUAUUAAUUAUUUUUAUAAUAGCUAAACGAUAAUGUAUGUACAAAUAACAACGAAUUGUAAUGACGCCUAUUGCCAACUACUGUAUAUAAUAUCCCGUGUAAUAGCUAUAAUAACGUGUUGUGUAAUUGUUGCUGUUUCACAAGACAAAAUUGGGUUAACAGCACCCGUGCGUUUGUGCCAAUAAAUAUUUAUAGUGAUACGUUGUUCAUUAGUUUUUAAUGUAAACGGUUGGUAUAAAUAAUUUGUAAAAGUUGCGUAAGCAUCGAUUAUAAAUAUCAUGUAAAGUUUUUGUGCGCUGGGAUAUUGACUUUAUGAUGUUUGUACGUGUAAGAGUGAGAGAAUGAAAUUGAGAGAGAGAGAGAGAGAGAGAGAGAGAGAGAGAGAGAGAGAGAGAGAGUGUGUGUAAGAGUAUGUAAAAAAGUGUUCCUCAAAAGAAAAAAAAACUUUGAAGCGCGAGGAUUUCCAUCUAUUGAGCCCAGCUGGGAAUCCGAGCUUUCGAUUAUUUAUUUGUUAAGUAUACGUUGUAUAUUAUGCUGAGUAGCUGUUAAUAAAAUGGUGUAAUAAUUUUCGCUUGAA